GCUGUAGCGUUGUAGUUAUUAUGUAUUUUUUUACUAUGAAAUAUGCAUACACUGAGUACAGCGUUACAUUGCUAGAUUAAACCUUGUCACAACGAUCACCUCACCUCAUUGUACAAAAUUAUUUGUUCCUCAAUACCUCAUAGUCUGACAGUUUCACUCGUCAGAAAAAUGUCGGUGGAUACAGAUCGUAGUUCAGUAGGAAAUAAUAGUACGGUUCUGUCAAAUAAAUCACAUCAAUGCAAUGGAAAAGAAGAAAAAGUAUUAAAUGGAAAUGCCGCCAAUUUUAAAAAUGGACAUGUGAAAAAUACACAUCUAAGCAAUGGUACCGGCAAAUUCUCAAAAAGCGAUCCACUGCCACCAAUGGACUGGUCACAGUAUGACACCUUUGCGGGAUCAUUCGAGAAGUCCACAUUACUGACAGCAGCACUCACACACAUUGGCCUCUACAUACUCAUGUUCCUUGGCUUCAUUAACCAGCUACUGUUCACGCCAAAGGUUGCCUCAGAAAAGAAUAGAGAGGGCUAUGCUCCACUAUACAACCCGUUUGAGCAGUUCUUCUCCCGGUACGUGUACAGGCGUGUGCGGCACUGCUUCAACCGGCCCAUCUGCUCUGCGCCCGACGCAGAAGUCACGCUCAUGGAGAGGCACUCCGACGAUCACAAUUGGACCUUCAGAUUUACAGGCAAAAAGCGCGUGUGUAUCAACCUAGGCUCGUACAACUACCUCGGGCUGAGUAUGCUGGACCGGGAGCCGGUGGCGGAGGCUGUCAGGAAGUACGGGCUCGCUCUCGCCUCGCCCUACGGGGAGCUCGGCCGCUGCGAACUACACGACCAGCUCGAAGCGGAGAUUGCAGACUUUCUCGGUGUUGAGGCUGCAAUCGUGUUCGGAAUGGGUUUCGCUACGAAUACACUGUCGCUGCCUGGCCUCCUAGGGCCUGACGUGUUGGCGCUCAGCGAUGAGAAUAAUCACUCCUCCCUGAUAUUGGGCAUGCGGCUGGCGCGUGCCACCGUCCGCGUCUUCCGCCAUAACGACGUCAGGCAUCUCGAGCAACUCGCCAGAGCCGCCAUUGCAGAAGGGAAAUGGAGGAAAAUCGUCAUCGUGGUGGAAGGAGUGUACAGCAUGGAGGGGUCAAUCGUGCCGCUGCAAGCAGUAGUGGCGCUGAAGCGGCAGCUCGGGCUCCAGCUCUACCUGGACGAGGCGCACUCCAUCGGAGCCCUAGGCCCGCGUGGCCGUGGCGUCACCGACUAUUGGGACGUGUCGCCGUCGGACGUCGAUAUCCUCAUGGGCACCUUCACCAAGAGCUUUGGCGCUGCCGGCGGAUACAUCGCGGGCAGCGCGCGCACGGUGCGGGCGGUGCGCGGCGCGGGGCACGCGGCCUCGUACGCGCACGCGAUGUCCCCGCCCGUGGUGCAGCAGGUGCGCGUAGCACUGCGGACCAUGUGCUCGCCCGCCGGACACGAGCGCUUCCAGCAGCUGCACCGCAACGUCCGCUACUUCCGGACCAAGCUCGAGAGUAUGGGCGUAGUAGUGUUCGGUCACCCGGACUCGCCUGUCGUACCGAUGCUGGUAUACACAUUCAGCAAGAUGGCGGCGACCGUGGAGCUUCUCACCGAGUGCGGUAUAGCCACUGUCGGCGUCGGAUUCCCCGCCACACCUCUCAACAAAGCUAGAAUACGGUUCUGCUUAUCAGCGGCACAUACGCGAGAGCAUUUAGACGCGUGCCUGGAGGGCGUGCGGUGCGCCGCCGACUCGCUCGGACUGCGGUACUCGCGCCGCAGUCACCAACCACAACACACGCACGCCACGCCGCACUAGCACUCAGCGGCCGCAACCACCGCCUUACCUCUUCUUACUUAUUGUAUUAUUAUUAUAUAAUUAAUAAAUUAUUUUCA